AUGAGUCGCCUCUCACUGUCAGCGUCCGACGUCUGCCUAUAUAUCCUCGCCCUCUUCCUGCCUCCGGUGGCGGUGUUUCUGAAGACGGGAUUCGACGCAAACUUCAUCAUCAACAUUUGCCUGUGUAUUCUGUGGUGGUUGCCGGGUAUCAUUCAUGCCUGGUGGGUUCUUUACAAAUACGACAAGUCACAGGCACAAGAAGAGACAUAUGUCCUCAAGCAAACCACUCCGGACCAGCCGGUGAUCUUCCCCUCACCGUGUUUGGAGGCGGGGGCCUGCGGGAACCUGCAUGCGUCCGCUCAUCAACUGGUCGUCUUCAACCUACUUGCCACACCACUCCUCCUGCUGCCGACUCGAGAAAUCCAGAACCUCAGACGACUACUGAGCGAGCAUAAAGGAAAAAUGGUUGAAGUCAAGAAAUAUUACCUCCCGCCUACCGCGCUCAUUCCCAAUUCACCACAGCCCCUCCUCCACUAUCCGGGUCUCCUGUCAUCUAUUGAUUCCGCACACGAGAGCAUCGCCGCCAAAGCCCACGACCUCUUCACCACAAACGGCUGGGAAACGCAAUGGAUUUUCCGCUACGGCCCGUCACAGAGAUCCCACUACCAUUCUGGAGUCCACGAGUGCAUGGCAGUCCUCACGGGCACAGCGACGAUCCGAUUCGGCGUGGCCGACACAGUCUCAGACCUGGAUGAAAGCACCCAUGGAUCCGGGAGGGAGGAGGGCGGCAUUGAAGUCCCAGCCCGGGCAGGGGACGUAUUUAUCCUUCCAGCAGGGACCGCGCACAAGACCUUCAAUGCUUCUCCGGUCACCGAGUUCAAGUUGCUCACUCCGGGUGACGGACACGCGGUCGCCGGAGAGGGGAGCAUCAAGGACACGUUGGCGAACGUCGAGCUCUCUGGGUUUACUAUGAUAGGCGCAUACCCGAAGGGCGGAGGCCAGUGGGAUUUCGCCAAAGGUGGUGAGGACGUGGGCCACUUUGAGAAGGUGUGGUCUGUCGCGAAGCCUGAGAAUGACCCGGUGCUGGGCAAAGCCGAUGAAGGCCUCUGUGGCCAGUGGCACUAG